UACAAAAUUUAUGGAAAACAAAAAAAAAAAGAUAAUUUAAAAAAAAAAAAAGAGAACCCCAAAAACUGAAACCCCUCUGUCAACCUCUCUCACUCUGCAGCGCUGCCUCGUCGUCGCCGUUCUCUGGUUUGGUCACCGGCGCCGGUGGCCGUUGCGGAGUCUGUUCGCUCUUGACAACCUUCUAAUGGCAAGAGUGAAGCGUAUUCCAACACCUAGUCAAAAAGGUAAGAAAAAAGUAAGACCAUCACAAAGUCCAUCGCAAGCGUCUGGUAGCAGAAGGAGGGAGGAUGGAGAAGAGGAGCAGGAACCAGAAGCGGGACGAGGAUCAGCAGCACCUAAGAAAAGGCGUAAUAAGCCAGGAACAGUAGCCCUUCGUGAGAUUCGUAAAUUUCAGAAGAGUUUCAACCUACUCAUCCCAGCUGCCCCCUUCAUGAGAUGUGUCAAACAGAUUACAAACCAACUAUCUACGGAGGUCACUCGCUGGACAGCUGAAGCCAUGGUAGCACUUCAAGAAGCAGCUGAGGAUCAUCUGGUUCGUUUGUUUGAAGAUGGAAUGUUGUGUGCUAUCCAUGCAAAGCGUGUUACUCUCAUGAAAAAGGACAUAGAGUUGGCCCGGAGACUCGGAGUGAUAGGAAGACCUUGGUGAUGAGCAUUGGCCACAUUUCAUGCUCUGGUGUUAUGUAAAAUCUUGACACCAGCAAAAGGGGUUUCAGAGAAGCUUUUGCUACUUCUAAACCACUCAAAUUGAACUCAUUAUUUGUCAAUUAAGUAUUAGUAGGAAAAUUAGGCUAACUCAUGUAUUAUCGUAGGUGAAUACUAAGUUAGAUUCUGUUGUAAAAUGAGAACCUGUCGUUGGGUGGAAAAAAAAUUGAUGAAUGUUUGGUAAAUAUUUUUUUUUAACAUAUCUGUCACAAUGAACAUUUCAAUACUA